UUGAUCACUUGAAAAAUGCAAGUUUUGGCUCACAGAAGUGAGAAACACCCAUAGAAGCACACACAGAAGGCUGUGUAGCUGCUCAGUGGCCUUCUCCUCCAGCAGUAAAAGCACUCAGUGUAUUGUCCAGUGUUUUGAGUGGGCUGCUGCUGCUGUAUCGGUUUGGCCAUGAAUUAUUUCAUUAUGAAUUAAACAUGAGAGUCCACUGUGCUGUCAACUAAGACUCCUUUUGUUUUAAAACCUGCUGACAAAGCUGCUCUCAUCUGCCUCAAAAACUCUGGCUAGUUGAAAUGAUUAAGAAGUAAAAAGUAGCACAAAGUCAAGAUAUUUUCUUUCUUUAUUGCUCUUUAUCCUCUUAACUGUUAUGCAUGCUGUAAUAUACACGACCCACAAACACACACACACGCACACACUAAACCACCAACACUUUCCAUAGGCUGCUAGGCUACAUCUCUCACCCACCGACCCCUGCAAACGCGCGCGCGCCCCCCACACCAUCAUGAUCUCUCUCUCUCUCUCUCUCUCUCUGCUUCACCUCCCUCACUUCCUCCCUCUCUCUCUCUCUGACGCUCGCGGACAGUCCUGAAAGCUGCGCUGACAGAUCGCUGGCGCUGCUCACGCGGGUCCAAGACGGCUCCUAACAUCGGAUCUUUUCAGGGGAAACGUGCGCAGUCCUCGCGCGCUGUUAUCGGCGCUCAAGAACUGUGAAGGUGGACUUUUCGGCACCGCGUAAACCUCCAUCCUUCACCCAAAUAAAAGGAGUUAUUUGAGGUUUUUUUUUUUUUUUUGGGGCGGGUAUUAAACACAGAGAACACUUAAAAGGGAGCGAGGAAGACUUCUGAAAAAGUGAGUAUAGGAGCCGAUGUAUGAAAAUGAUCAACUCAGUCCUGGCGUCAGUUGUACACCGAUAGAAAAACUUUAAGCUUUUACUAUAAAAAAAUACGACUUAAAUUGCUCAUACUUCUUCCAUUUUUACUCCAUAUAGCAUUAUGAUUUGUCCUAAGAUUAAUUUCCUCUCCAAAGUGUUAUUGAUGGCAAUCUUUAUGCACCAUUCUCCAGGAUUUCUGUGCUGUGCGUGAUUUUAAAGUGUUUUAUUAAACACUAGUAGACAGGAAGGAGACUUAAGAAACGUUGUCAGGGUAGGAUUGCUCUUAAAGCAGACACCAAUGAUUUGUAGGCUACGGGAGAACGUCCAACUCGUGGUUUGGUCUUCUGCCAGAGGUAGAGCAGACAAACCUGCUGCAAGACUCAGGCAACAUUACUCUAGCAGUCUGGUGCAGGGUGGUAAUUUCCCUGUUGUGCUGCCAGUCUGCAGAAUGGUGUGUGUGUGUGUGUGUGUGUGUGUGUGUGUAGGUGUGUGCGUGUGUGUGUUGAAGCAGAUUAUGGCUGUUAAUUUUUUUGCAGUGUAGUCCCUGAUAUCUAUUUACGAUGUAAACUGUCUGCUGAGAGAGAGGAGGGGGGGGGGGGGUUCACACUCAGAGAAGUCAGGAUUCUAAAUGAGUGGGAGCUCAUUGGUUUAAUAUCCUGCACUGCUCAUGAAAAUUGAGCCAGAGGCUGUAUGAGAAACACUUUCAAGCUCCCAAAACCACAAUCCUUGAAACUACAAGAGCCCUUAAGCAAGGCAUUGAACCACACUGAAGGGGGGCAUGAGAAUGAAUUCGUCAGGCAUUUCCCUCUGCAGAGCCAAGUGUGAUUGACCAUAGUCACGGUGACGUUUAUCUAGGCAAAUAUCAUUCACUGUUUUUUUUUACCAUAAACAAACACCACAUUAUUCUUGAAAGUGGUGCCUUUCUGGUCUGAAAUCAGACCUCUUCUGCAGAGUCCUUAUUCCAAUAGAAGGUUAAAAUCUGCCUCAUGCCGUGAGGUCGAGUCAAUUUAUUUCGAAACCACAUUUAUCAACAGAAAUGUGCUUCACAGAGAAAACUUGAUAAUAAAAAGGUAAAUAGAUAUAUAGGAUAAACUAGGUAACAGGUAUAACUAGCCGCCAGGCAACAGCAGGUCAACGUUUAUAUUUGACAAAUACAACUUCCAGCAAGUAAAGCCUGAACCACUGGAGACUCUUCACCAGCAGACAAACACAUGACAGGUUUCAUCUAAACUGACUUUGAUUCUCUAUCGUGACCGCAACUUCACCAGGGUUUUAACAAAGUAAAGCUUUCAGUGAGGUGACUUUGAUUGCAAAAGUCUAAAACCAUCGCUGGAACUGUUGAAUUAAUAAUUCACUGGCACAGAUUGCAGAUUAUAUUUUUUUUAUGUUGCUACAAGUCAAAUAUGAAUAUGAGGAGCAGCCAUGUUGCCUUGAAUAUGACAGUGACACCGGUAGGAGGAAGCCUCAUGCUUUACCUUAGUUGGCCCUGACAAACCUGCCUUAUGUUUGUCAUUCUAUCUCUGUGUGUGUGUGUGUGUGUGUGUGUGUGUGUGUGAGAGAGAGAGAGAGAGAGAGAGAGUGUGUGUGUGUGAGUAUAAGGGCAUUUGAGUUUGUGGUAGGAUCAAAUUUCUGUCUCACCCACUUUAGUGUAAUUAGAUUAGAUUACGGUGUCUAGUUAGCUAGACGCUGAGUAGAGUCACUGUCUGUGAAUAUCUGUCUGACUUAGUACUGAAGUAUUUUACUCCACACGUAAAUGAGCACUUUGGAGCUUGUCAUAUAUAUAUUUUUUUUAAUGUUCAUUAUUGUGGGAGCUUUGUGCCUUUAUUUGAUAGUGACAGUGGCUAUACAGACAGGACAUUCAGGGAUGCAGAGGGAUGUUCAUCGCAAAAUGAGACUCCAUUGUCCCCAGGUCAGAUCUGUGGAGGUAUGGGGUGCAUGUUUCUGUGUCACAGUGUCUUGUUUUGAUACUUUCAAUGGGAAGUUAGAAAUUUCAAACGCUACUCAGAGCUGCUUCUUAAAGCCACGCAGCUCUAUUUGUCUUUAAGGGUAUAUUUAUCCAUGCAAAACUCUUCCACUGUAUAGUCAUCAAGAUGUUUUUGCAGGUUUCAUGAGGGUUGUUUACUUAAAUAAAAUAUGCAGUGUGCAUGUCAUAGACAUCACAUACAUCACAGGUGUUACUGAUAACAUUAACGGUGGCUCCGCUCUGUCCCAGGGAGCCUGAAAACUGAAGCAGCUAAAUCAAAUUCCACCACAAUCAUUUUUAUUGUUUACACCUGUGCUUUUCGUGCUGUGAGGUUUAAAAAGUUUCCCGGGAAGAAGGUUGAUUCACUCGGGGUUCAAACUAGAAAAGUACAAAAAAAAAAACCUACAAAAGCCCGUUAAGUUUGUUACUUCAGGUGGUUUUGUUUGAAAUGAAGAUGAUUUUUCUCUGCCACUCAUUCUACCUGUUUCAGAUGCUGAUUCGUCAGUGGUGGUUGCUGGGCGGUCCCUAAGUAGCAGCUGUCUGUUUAGGCUAACAUGGAACGAGAAGGCUCAUUUAGGAGGUAAAAACACACACACACACCCCUACACACACUUUCACAUCAGCCAGCAGGUCUCGUUCAGAGAGUUUCACGGCAUCUCCAAUACUCUGUUCCCUUUUCUCUCUUUGUCCCCGGUCUUUGGGACACAAAAAGGUAGAUGAAAGUGACUCACACACAUUCCUCGAUGACCUCAUUCAUUCUUUCAGUCAUGCAAACAUCCCCCUUAUCCUCCUUUGUUAAGUAAUUAGACGGCAGCAUUUUCUCUCACAACUCUUCCUGUUGUAUCAGCGCCACAAACAAAGAGUAUCUAACUUCCGGGUUGCAUCACUAAUCUUUAAUUUACUAAAUUCAGAACCCUUUUUUUCCAUCACGCUGACAACUCAGUGUCUCCUCUGAGUCUCUGUAUCUUCUGCUCUGCAUCAUCCACUCUUCAGGUGUUUGUAGAUUCAGUUGCACGGUGUUCAUCACUGCACCUUUUCUGAGAGAAUUUGGAAAUGCAUCCUUACUUUGACAAAAGUUGUGUGUGUGUCUAUCUGAAGGCUUGACAGACGGACCAAAAACACACACACACACACACCGUCUCCCCUGCCAUAUUCUUUUACAUGCUCCUGAUUUCCUUUUUUUUCAUCUCCUUUCAGCCCCUUUUUUCCUCUUUCUUCUUCCUUUUGUGUCCAAAUUCAAUUAAAUUCAGUUGGGCAUGGAUCAUUACAAAGGUAUUAAAAACAAAGAAGAAAAGAGAAUAAUUCCACAGCAGAUGACAGUAAAAAGCAGACACAGACAAACUCAAUGUGAUGAAUCAAGCCAACAUGUGAUUACAGCUUGAACACAACUUCUAUCUGUCCUGGGCCCCACACAGACAGAAAAGGAGGAGGAGGAAGUGAAAUGUGUGUCACCUUUAAACCCUUCCUCUCCCUCUUGGCAGCUCCUGAACCUCAAAGGGUUCCUUUGUUCGCCUGGCACAAAAGCUCACAUAGCAUGGUCACCGACUGGCACAGACUGGCAAAAGGGGAGAGGGAGAGAGAGAGAAGAGGGCAGAGAAGAAAAAAGUUAAAGUAAAAGAAGUAGGAGGGAGAGAAGGGAAAUGAGAGAGAGAGGGCAUGUGAAAGAGUGAGAUAGAGACCCAUGAGGACAGAGACACCUGUUGUCUUCUACAUCUUCAUCCUUUCUUUCAUCAAACUCUCGUUCUGUUCAGUGUGACACACACACACACACUCAUGGAGUGGGGAUAUGUGGUACCUUUUCAGUUACUGGAGUAAGUACAUAGUGUGUGUGUGUGCGUGAGUGUGUGUGUGGAGGGAGGUUUGUCGUAUGUUUUCAACUUUUGCAGAAAGUGCUGGUUUAGUCAUUUGAAUGAAUAAAUGACUAAGUAUUUUUGAUUCAUUUUCCAGUAGAGACACUGCAGAAACAUAAAGAACAGUGUUUGUAGUGUGUAAGUUAAUAUUUGCCUUACAUGCAGAUUACACUUAUGUAUACACACACACAUACACACAUAUGCUGUACAUGCCUGUGAGAGAGAACACUGUUUCAUUACCUGUUCCUGACAUAUUAAGCAGCUUUAUACUAGUUUCUGUCUAGUUGAGUUUCAGCUUUAACACCACAUUUUUACUUUGUUCCUCUUCUUCUGUACUAUUUGGGGCCCUCACUGACAUAAUGCAUUCCUUCACUGCUAAUCCUAACAAUCAUAAGUACAUUCCCAACAGAGAUCCUAAACUAAAACUAACGAUUAUUACUUCCACAUGUUUAAAUCUAGGUAUUCAAUAGAAUCUGUAGUUUUAUUUUUCCCCUGCACCACUCUGAACUGAACUCACUGUUUGUUUCUCCUCCAUGGACCAACCUGUGAAUAUUUAGCCUGCCUGUACCUACUUCUCUCUCCUCUUUUUUCCUCUUAGUGUCUCUAUUCCUCACUUCACUUUCUCUUCCAAAAUUCACUGUACUUACAAAAACAUUUAGCUUUUGAGGGGAAAAUAAAACUCCUGUUAUUGUCUUUGGAUGACGUUUACACUUUAUGUACUGUCACUAGGUUCCACUAGCGUAAGUGGAAAGUGGGUUUGGCUCCACCGUUUUCAUCCAGUAACACGUUGUACUGCAGUUUCUUCUUAUAAUUAUUUCUCUCUUUCUAUCUUUUGGAUUUCGAGGAGUCUCCACAACAAGCUGAGGUUGGGUAACAGCUCGUUCUCCAGUCUGACCGACCUCUCGCAGGCGAAAACCCCAGGAGGAGGAGGAGGAGGGGGGGGAGGGGAGAAGGGAGGACUGGCUGAGGAGUGCAGCAGGGACAGAGGGACCCAGCAGAGAAGGGCCGGGGCCAACGCUACUUGGAACAGCAUCCACAACGCAGUGAUAUCAGUUUUCCAGAAGAAGGAUCUGGGGGAAAAUGAACUCUACACCCUGAACGAAGGUGUCAGGCAGCUGCUGAAGACGGAGCUGGGCUCCUUCUUCACUGAGUACCUUCAGAACCAGCUGCUCACUAAAGGCAUGGUGAUACUGAGAGACAAGAUCCACUUCUAUGAAGGUCAGAAGUUGCUGGACUCUCUGGCCGACACAUGGGACUUCUUCUUCUGUGAUGUUCUGUCCAUGCUGCAGGCCAUCUUCUAUCCUGUACAGGGAAAGGAGCCGUCAGUGCGUCAGUUGGCUCUCCUCCACUUCAGGAACAUCAUCGCCCUCAACCUGAAACUGGACGAGGCUCUGUGUCGACCCCGAGCCAGAGUUCCCCCUUCUAUCAUACAGAUGCUGCUAAUACUACAGGGAGUCCAUGAAUCCAAAGGUGUAACAGAUGACUACCUUCGUCUGGAGGCUCUCAUCCAGAAGGUGGUCUCUCCAUACCUCGGCACUCAUGGGUUAUAUUCCAGAGAUGGAUCUUCCAAUUUGCACUGCUCCUCCUGUGUUGUAGAAAAGCGUUUGCAGCGCUCCUGGCCCUUCAAACCAGGAAACUCCCCCAUCGCCAAGAACCUAGUGGUACGCUCUAAUAGCUACAACAUUCCCAUGCUGACCCCUGUGGGGGAGUACGACACCGACUCUUCCGCAGGAGGUGGCACAGGUAUCAGACGGCACUCCGUCUCUGAGAUGACGUCCUGCUUGGAGGAGAGCAGCUCUUUGGCUGAAUCCACUGCGACCAGCAACACCAGCACAUCCAGCCUCGCCAACCACUCUCCAGCUUCCACGGCCUCCGCUGCACUUUCAGGUCCCCACCCUCUCCAGCCACAGAAUCACUCCCCCUGCAUCCUCCCACAGCCUUCCCCAGGCGAGGACACACACUGCGCUGGCUCGCUGGUGUCAGACUCCCCCGCAUCCUCCAGAGCGCUGGCUCAAGACACAAGCUCCGGUCCCAGUCCUUCAUCCAGUCUGGAGAUCAUGACGGACCACGUGCCGGAGUCUUUGGACUCAGAGCCGGAGCACAACGGCAUCUUUCUGGACUUCUCGCGACGUUGGUCUGGAGGGUCGAACGGACAGCAGAGACACACUGAUGCAGAGACGUGUGCAAACAACGCUGAGCCAUGACGACAUUCCUAACACCCAGUGACACUUGGUGCUGUGUUAUGGAGACUCAAGAUCAUUAGGGAUCUGUUUAAACUAAAUUAUUUUUUUAGAAGAUGUGGUCACCCAUCCCUAGAAACAAGUCUCACCUCAUGCUGACUGGUAAAAAAUAUGAAUUUGGGCUUUUUUUUGAGUGUAUGCUCCCAGCUGGAAACAUCAUCACUGGCUUAUUUGGGAAGAGAAACCUUUUCCCUGUUUUUUCUUUUGAACGACACAGAGUGAUGAUAACACAUCGUAGGUGCACAUGCUGAAGAAAUGUUUUAUAAUUGUCAAAUAUCUCUUUUUUUUAACACUUUGAAUGUAAAAGAAACUCUCCAACUCUGUCGGUUGGAGCUCAACUUAUUUUAUUAAUGGAUGAUAAAAAUAAUAAUUUGAAUUUGAACUCUGUCUUGCUCUAUAUUCAAACCUAAACCUGUAUCUCUGGUGUACUGACAGAGAUUUGCAUUCAAGGGAAGAAGGCACUAGAAAUGGUUCCACUGUAUUUCAAAUCUUCUGCUUGAUAAUAUCAAGCAAUAUUUUGGUUGAAGUCCAUAUUUUUAUGAGAAAUAAAGCAGAAAAGCAGA